ACACAUCUUGAGAAGAGGGGGGCCCUUUGGUGCUGCUGGUGAGGGAAUGAGAAGUUGGACUGGGAACCAGCAGAGAACAGGAUAUCAUGUCCUUUCUGCCGUCAAUCCUGACCUGCCUAGCCCUGCUUAUUUCUGAUUCCUGUGAAUUCUUCAAUGAAACCAAUUCUUCUAGAAGCUAUCCUUGUGAUGAGAAAAGGCAAAAUGCCUCUGUGAUUGCAGAAUGCAACAAUCGUCACCUACGAGAAGUUCCCCAGACAGUGGGCAAAUACGUGAAGGAACUAGACCUAUCUGAGAAUUUUAUCACACACAUAACGAAUGAGUCAUUUCAAGGGCUCCAAAAUCUCACGAAAAUUAAUCUAAACCACAAUGCCAACCAGCAGCACCAGAAUGAAAAUCCAUGGAUGAAUAAGAAUGGCAUGAAUAUUACAGAUGGUGCCUUCCAUAGCCUAAGAAAAUUGAGAGAGUUACUGCUUGAAGACAACCAAUUAGACAAAAUCCCUGCUGACUUGCCUGAGUCUUUGAGAGAACUUAGUCUCAUUCAAAAUAAUAUAAUUUCCAUAACAAAAAAUAACACUCUGGGGCUUAGGAACUUGGAGAGUCUCUAUUUAAGCUGGAACUGCUAUUUUGUUUGUAAUGAAACUUUUGAUGUGGAAAAUGGGACAUUUGAAGACCUUACAAACUUGAAGGUGUUGUCACUAUCUUUCAAUACUCUUAUUCAUGUGCCACCCAAACUACCGAGCUCCCUAACAAAACUCUUUUUGAGUAAUACCAAGAUCAAAAUCAUCCAUCAAGAUGACUUCAUGGGGUUGAGGAAUUUAAAAUUAUUAGAUUUAAGUGGGAAUUGUCCGAGGUGUUUCAAUGCACCGUUUCCUUGCACACCUUGUGAUGGAGAUGCCUCCAUUCAGAUACAUCCUUAUGCUUUUCGAAAUCUCAACCAACUUCACUGGCUAAACCUCUCAAGCACGUCCCUCCGGGAGGUUCCCUCCAGUUGGUUCGACAACAUGACUUAUCUGAAAGAGUUACAUCUUGAAUUCAACUACUUAGUGCAGGAAAUCGCCUCUGGAGCAUUUUUAACAAAACUACCUUACUUAGAAAUACUUGAUUUAUCUUUUAACUACAUCAAGACAGAAUAUCCACAAUAUAUUAACAUUUCCCAAAACUUUUCUGCACUUCAUUCUCUCAAAGCAUUACAUUUAAGAGGUUAUGUGUUCCAAGAAUUGAAACAAGAACAUUUCAAGCCCCUUAUGGGUCUUCAACAUUUAAAGACCAUCAACUUGGGCGUCAACUUUAUUAAGCAAAUUGAUUUCAGCCUUUUCCAACAUUUCUCCAGCCUGAAAAUUAUUUACUUGUCUGAAAACAGAAUAUCGCCUUUGGUGUAUGAUGUCCAGCAGAAUGACACAAAACAUUCUUCGUUACAAAGUCAUAGCCUUAAACCACGCUCUACUGAUACCAAGUUUGAUCCACAUUCGAAUUUUUAUCACCAAACUGCUCCUUUAAUAAAGCCACAAUGCACCACCUAUGGAAAAGCCUUAGAUUUAAGUUUAAAUAGUAUUUUCUUUAUUGGGAAAAAGCAAUUUGAAGGAUUUCAUGACAUUGCCUGUCUCAAUUUAUCUUCUAAUGGCAAUGCUCAAGUUUUACAUGGAACCGAAUUUUCAGCUGUACCUCAGGUCAAAUAUUUGGAUUUGACCAACAAUAAGCUAGACUUUGAUGAUAACAAAGCUCUUAAUGAACUACUCAACUUAGAAGUUCUAGAUCUCAGCCACAAUGCCCACUAUUUCAGCAUAGCAGGGGUCACACAUCGUUUAGGAUUUAUACAAAAUUUAACCCAUCUCAAGGUUUUAAACUUGAGCUAUAAUGGCAUUUAUACGUUAACAGAGGAGAAUGAAUUGAAAAGCACAUCUCUGAAAGAAUUAGUUUUCAGUGGAAACCGCCUUGACCUUUUGUGGAAUGCAGGAGAUACCCGCUACUUGCCCAUUUUUAAAUGUCUCAAGAAUCUUAUUCGUCUUGAUUUAGCUUUCAAUAAGCUUCAGCGGAUCCCCAAUGAGGCCUUCCUUAAUUUGCCCCAGAGCCUCAGAGAACUCUAUCUAAAUAACAAUAGGUUAAAUUUCUUUGAUUGGUCAGCACUCCAGCAUUUUCCACAUCUCCACUUGCUCGACUUAAGUAGAAAUGAGCUAUCUUCUGUAGAUCAUAGCUUAUCUAGAUUUACUCCUUCUCUUCGGACAUUGCUGCUGAGACAGAACAGAAUUUCCCACCUGCCCACUGGCUUCUUUGCUGAAGCCAGUUUUCUGGUGCACCUGGACUUAAGUUUCAACCUGAUAAAGAUGAUCAACAAAUCCACGCUGCAAACCAAGAACACUACCAACUUAGCUAUUUUAAAGCUAGGUAGGAACCCUUUUGACUGUACCUGUGACAUCGGAGAUUUUCGAAGAUGGCUGGAUGAAAAUCUGAAUGUCACCACUCCUAGAUUGGUAGAUAUCAUUUGUGACAAUCCUGGGGAUCAAAGAGGGAAGAGUAUCAUGAGUCUAGAACUCACAACUUGUGUUUCAGACACCAUUGCAGCGAUCUUGUUUUUCUCCACAUUCUUUAUCACCACUGCAGUUAUGUUGGCUGCCCUUGCUCACCAUUUGUUUUACUGGGAUGUUUGGUUCAUCUAUCACAUGUGUUUAGCUAAGAUUCGAGGCUACACAUCUCUUUCCACUUCCCAAACCUUCUAUGAUGCUUAUAUUUCUUAUGACACCAAAGAUGCCUCUGUCACAGACUGGGUAAUCAAUGAGCUGCGCUACCAACUUGAAGAGAGCAAGGAGAAAAAUGUUCUCCUUUGUUUAGAGGAGAGGGAUUGGGAUCCAGGAUUAGCCAUCAUCGAGAACCUCAUGCAGAGUAUACACCAGAGCAAGAAAACAAUCUUUGUUCUAACCAAAAAAUAUGCAAAAAGUUGGAACUUUAAAACCGCGUUCUACUUGGCCUUGCAGAGGUUAAUGGAUGAGAAUCUGGAUGUGAUUAUAUUUAUUCUGCUCGAGCCUGUGUUACAGCAUUCUCAGUACCUGAGACUGCGGCGGCGCAUCUGUAAGAGCUCCAUCCUCCAAUGGCCGGACAACCCCAAGGCAGAAGGCUUGUUUUGGCAAAGCCUAAAAAAUGUGGUCUUAACUGAAAAUGAUUCACGGUAUAACAAUUUGUAUGUGGAGUCCAUUAGGCAAUAAUAACCAAUAGGUAGUCAGGAUUCAACACUGUAAUGAAAAAAGCAGUAGCCCCUUCUCAGUGAUCUAUUGCUAUGUAACAAAUUACCCCUAUGCUUACUCACUUCAAAUGGCUCUCAGUUGUGACUUCUAGUCCCUGGAGGUGAAGGGACCAGAUGCACUCUAGCUGGGUCCUCUACUGCAGGACCUCUCAGAGGCUACAAUCUAGGGGUGGGAUCCAUUUCCAAUUAGGCAUUUCUGGGCUUCAGAUCUACUUCUGAGCUCUUAGAAUUCAGUUGCUCCUGGGCUAAGCUACUGGCCACAGGCUGUUUUGGGUUCCUUGCUGUAUAGCUCUCUCUCACAAGACAACUUCCUCAUGACAGCCAGCAAGAGAAGUCACUAGCAAAACGAAGUCAAAGUCGUCAUGUUAUUUUUUUUAAUUUGUAUUCUAGUUAAGUAAACGAUAUCCCAUCAUUUUGGCUUUAUUUUAUUUGUUGGACGUUAACCACAGAUUUCUACCAGCUCCGGAAGAAUGAUCAUCUUAGUCCAGGGAGAAUAAUAUGAAAACAAUGAAACUGUGAUCACUUCCACCCAGGAAAAAGUCUAUGAGAUUAGUGAUUGUCUCAGUCAUCAAUCAUUUCCUGUUCCAGGGACAGCCUGGCCUCUUGGCAAAGCCUAAAAAAAGUGGCCUUAACUGAAAAUGAUUCACAGUGUAACAAUUUGUAUGUUGAGUUCAUUAGGUAAUACGAAGUGAUAGGUAGUUAGGAUUUAACGCUGCAAUGUAAAAGGCAAAGCAGUAGCCCCUUCUCAGUGAUCUAUUGCUGUGUAACAAAUUACCCCUAUACUUAGUGAUUCCAAAUGAAUUGUAAUAGAUUGAAAAUACCAGGAAAGGGAGACUAUUCUGGGUUACCUUAGCAGUCAGCCUGCUUUUUAAUAUUUAAGACCUAUUGCCACUGUAACUAAUGGUUCUGACAUUAAGAUGUUAUUUAGAUUUAUCAUGUAUCUAUGGCUACAUGGUUAUAUUGUGAUGGAAUUUAGUCUUUCUUUUAUAAUUACUUUUACAAUCAUUGACAAUAAUAUUUCACUUUGAUGAUUUAGAUGUCAUAUAAAGCCUGAAUGGAUAGGAUUUCUCUUUGCCUUUUAUUUCUUAGCCACUCUUUAAAAGUGUACAUCUAAAUGAAAAGCUUUUAGAGUGUUAA